AUGGAAAAUAAGCAUUCUUGUAAAUUCUUUAUAUUUGUUCUGUUUUAUUUUAACAGGAAGAGCUUUAUUUGGCUUGAUCUGGGUUUUACUUGUGUGUCGUUUGUGACAGGUGCCCUGGCAUUUUGGGCACCAAAAUUCUUACUCUAUGCAAGCAAAGCUCAAGGACUUAGUAAUGCAACUGAAUCAGACAUAAGUCUCAAGGUUGGCGGAAUCACUUGUGCAGCUGGAAUAGUGGGUGUGUGGCUGGGUGCCGAGAUAGCUUGGAGAUGCAGAGUGCGAAACAGAAAAGCUGAUGCUCUUGUGUGUGCUGUUGCAUUGCUUGGUUCUGCACCUUUUCUCUAUGGCAGUCUUGUGUUAGCAUCUAUAAACAUCAAAGUCACAUAUGCUCUUAUAUUCUUUGGUGAAGUGUUACUUUUUAUGAACUGGGCACCAGUAGGAGAUAUGGUUCUGUAUACAAUCAUUCCUUCACGUCGUUCCACUGCCGAAGCUGUUCAGAUUCUUUUCUCGCACUUACUUGGUGAUGCUGGCAGUCCAUGGCUAGUUGGUGAAAUUUCGGAUCAAAUUCGAGGCUCAAGAGUAAGCGACACAGAUCGUGCAAGAAGCAUGGAGUAUUCUCUUCUAAUGACUACGUUUAUUUCUGUCCUGGGAGGACUCUGUUUCAUAAUAUGCUCAUGGUAUUUGGUCAAAGAUCGUGACGCAGCAGAGGAGUAUACUCGAGCAAACGAAGAUGAUAGUUCCUUGUUAGGAUCAAUCGCAGCUGAUACUUACCUUGCAAAUGGUGACGAAAACCAGGUGUUGAGAAAUGACGAAGAUUUUCAUGAUGAAAGAGAUGCAUUGAUAGUUCCUGUGGAUGUCCAUGGUGCUCUGCCAGCUCAUGAAAAACAAAACAGUCAUCCAGUUAUCUAAGUACCUGGUAACUUUGAAAUUAGUGAUAUUAAAUUUUUUUGACAUAUUUUCUACCAUUUUUGUCUCAUACGUUGUUCAAGCGAGCAUAAAUUCAUGCCAGUGGAGUGGUAAAUGUGUCUCCCUCAGUUUGAAAAUGGUUGAUGUCUAUCAUGAAUUUUAACUGUUGCAUGUGUCUUGUUCCUGUUUAAAACAAUGAACAUUGUCAAUCAAAAGGAUUUUGGGUUAGAUGAGAUCUAUUUGUGGCAGAGAAAAUGCAAAUUAAAAUUUGUAAAAAUAAAAGUUUGAGAAGAUGUUAGUUGUGAGUAUCACACAAACCACUCUUUCAAGGUUACCUAAAGUUACAUGUAAAGGCAUUUUUUUUUUUUCAAGGAAUAGCUUAUUAAAUUCAUUAAUUCUAAAUAGGCUGAGAUAGGGUAUAAAUGUAAGUGGUACAUUUUGUUUCUACUACAGUAGACGUGAAGUUAGUGAGGAUAGUUUUGUGACCAUGUUUUGCUGCUAGUUUGCAAGAAGCUCAACCACAAAGGGAUGGUUCCAUCCACAUCACCUGAGUAUGGUGCAAAAUACUACUUUGUGCUUUUGAAGUCCUGACAUGUUGUGGAAUCAACUGUCCUGCGCACCGCCCGUACUCCAAAAUCUCAUAAAGCUAAACCUUAGCAAUUGAUUCAGAAAAAGCAUGACUUGUCUUUGUUUCAAAAAUGUAUUAUUAUAUUAUUUAGGAAACGUGAGCCCAAAUUAUCUGUAAAUGUGGUGAAAAUGCACAAGUUUGUCUUCUGUGUUUGCCUUCAUGGUUGACUGACUACUGGGUGUGAAAAAGGCUGGGCCAGGUCCCUUUUAUAACAGAACUUUUUGUGAAAAUCCAUUGUUGUCUGAGUAAAGUUGAAACAUUGUUUACUCCCAACUAAACUUUGGCAUUUAACAACACAUUCAGUGCAAAACAUGUGAAGUGGAAUGGUGUUGUUUUUGUCACCAUGGUUAC